AAUUGGCCAAGCCACAAAAUGCUGCAAAACUUUUGCCAGAUGAUUUCCAGAAAUUUGUUAAAUGUUGCAAGAAAUACUUUACCAACUGAAUAUGUUACCAGUCAAGUGAAUAAUCUAGUUCCUAGUUUGAGGAACUACAAUCCAUUUACUUGUUCAGUCAUAAACAGAUCCAUGGCAUCUCUUGCCCAAAUGCAUAGAAAAGGACCAGUGAUAAAAAAUAGGAAAAAUCAUUCUGUUCAAUUAGAUGGAAACCCUUUCAAACGAGCUGUUGUUCUUAAAGCCAUCAUAAAAAAGCCUAAAAAACCAAACUCUGCCAACCGAAAAUGUGUCCGUGUUAGACUAAGUAAUGGUAAAGAAGCGACAGCCUAUGUACCAGGUGAAGGGCACAAUUUACAAGAACAUAGUGUAGUAUUAGUUGGAGGAGGUCGCUUACAGGAUGUACCUGGUGUUAAACUUCGCUGUGUGCGGGGAAAAUAUGACUUAGCUCAUGUCAAGAAAAGCAAAUGAGAAAUGAUUGUUCAAUGUUCAAAAUUAAAAUUAUGAUAAAUUUGAAAA